AUGGGACGCAAGCCCAACCAACUCAUCCUCGAGUUCUUCAACCGAGGCCCCAAGCUUGAGGACAACAGCAAUCGCUACCAACAUACUUGUAAAGCGUGCGGAGAACGAUUUCCCAAAGGUCGCAUCGACAGCCUCACAAACCAUUUGGUCAAGAAGUGUCAAGCUAUUCCCCUCCGAGACCGUCAGCGUGUACUCUUGCGACUCCACGAACUCCCGGAUCUCACCGAGGGCGACGGAAAAGAAGGAGGAAACAAAGGAAAAGGAGGAGAAUUUCCCAACCCGAACCGCCCGAACUUCGACGGGCUGAACGUGCUGGCAGAGGCUUCGCGUCAAGUGGGUGCUUCGGACACAACAAAGCGAGGCCCAGGAUACACUCAGUCUGUCACGGCUGGUGGGAAGACUGUCAUUGUGGAUCCGGCACUUGAAGCUGAAGGCUUUCAAGGCCAGGGUCAGCAAGGAGACGUUAAAAACGAAGAUAGCACGCUUCAACAAGGUUCCUCUCAGACGCCUAUUCCUGCCCUCCCUAGCCAUACAUCAGGCGAUCACGCUUCUAUGUCACCGCCCCUUGGUGACACAUCUAUGACUCCAGAUUCUGCGAACAAUGCGCGUCAAUCGCUUUCCAUGAUUGCCGCUUCUGCUAACGAGAUGGUACCCCAAGGCAUGAUGGAUGGGGAUAAUGAUGGGUUAAAGUUGGGUAGUUGGCAUCAGCUAUCAACUCAGGAACAGCUGCUGUUCGAUAGCCUGCAAGAACAUGAUCCAUCUCUUACCGCUGCCACUCAACGUGCUGCCUCAUUUCCACGUCCGAUUGCCAUGAACCCCAAUACCCAAGCUAAAGGUUUUGUGAAUGAAUUCGGGAACUCAACCAAGCCAACCAAGCCCAAAGUGAGAGGACGCUUUACUGCUGAGAGACGCCGUGAAGUCCAGGAAGUCCGGAAGAGAGGUGCUUGUAUUCGUUGCCGCAUGCUGAAGAAACCGUGCUCUGGUGAUACACCGUGCACCACCUGUGCUAGUGUAGAAAGUGCUCGACUGUGGAAGCACCCUUGCAUUCGUACGCGCCUGUCUGAGGAAUUUGAACUUUACAAUGCUAACCUUCAUGCGACUCUUGCCUACCACGACGUCAACGCCGUUCAAAGCCAGCUCAAGUUUGAAAACUACACUGGCCGCAUUGAAGUGACACAUAUGGAAGAGAGCAUGGUUUAUGUAACUAUCUGCGGCCUUCAUGGCCAACGAUCUUCGGUCUCAACCCUUGACCCUGCUCUUCAAGGACUAGGCGAAGACCAGUUCUCUGGAGCUCCCCACGAGAUUUACCUCCUUGACAGUGAUUCCGAUGAUAUUCCCGGUAAACUGGAGAUGUACAUCAAGAAGACUGCGUCCUUCUUCUUCGAGCGCGAGUCUUCUAACUUCAUGAAACAUACUUUACUGUUAGCUUCCGAGCUGGCUCAAUCCAAAAAGGACACUUUGCUUGAACGUGCAGUGGAAUUAUGGGUGGCUACACACAUUUUAGUGGACACCGAGCUUGGAUGGAAGACUUAUUGCAACCCUUCUCUACCUCCUACUUCGAUGAACCACAUGUCCCAGCCGAACGACGAGGGGCGCAUACCAAUCGAAGAAGUCUCAGAUUCCGAGACAUACGGGCUAAUAUGCAGUCAGCUUCGUGCUGCCAUGGAAAAACGAGCCAUGCAACUAAGCAAGUCCGUCAUCAAUGAUCUAGAGAGGCGUCUACUCCAACGACAGAAAACUGGCUGGUUUGAAACAUUCCUUGUUGCCAUUGUUCUACUGAACUGUGUUGAGCGUACAUGCUGGCUCUUCCGCUCGUGGGACAACGACAGCUUUUCCCAGCGUUGGCCCCUCGACAAACGUCCACCUUACUAUUUCAACCAAUCCGAGCGCUUCGCUGAUAUCUUGCACAUGCUCUUGCGGAUGCGCAGUCUUCCACCUAAAUCUGUCGUUCGCCCCGAGAGUGGAUUAUUGAAGGCCGCCGAGGGUAGUGAUGAAAAUGCCGUGCGCUGGUUCGACUCGAUUCAAGUUUCUCCAUACUACCUUGAAGAACGUGCAAACUCCAUCUUUGACCCCUCUGAUUCUCGUUCUCUUGACCUGAAUCAUAGUGCCCGCCUGCUACUACCGGGGAAUGCUUAG